AUGGAAUACUUAUCAAGGAAAUUAGAGCUUUUAAAGGAAGAUAAACUGUUCAGAUAUCACCCUAUGUGUGGUAAGCUCAAAAUAUCCCACCUAAUAUUUGCGGAUGAUCUACUGCUUUUCGCCAAGGGAGACUUAUAUUCAAUCCAAAAACUAUAUCAUUGUGUGAAGGAUUUUAGUGUUACUACUGGUCUGGAAGCUAAUCUGAGCAAAUGCUCAAUUUACUUUGGUGGUGUGAAUGAAAAUACCAAAACAGCAAUUAAAAAUAUGCUGGGGUUUUCUGAAGGGACUCUUCCAUUCAAGUAUUUGGGUGUACCACUCAUCUGUAAGAGGUUAUCAUACAUUGAUUGUAACCCAUUAUUGGAUAAAAUCUCUGGUCAGUUUCAGAAGUGGCUUAGACAUAGUAAUCUAUCAUACGCAGGGAGGCUUCAAGUGAUCAAAAGUGAGAUAUUAGGUGUUCAAAAUUACUGGACAACCAAUUUCGUUCUUCCUGUUAAAGUAACUCAGAAGAUAGAUGAGCUGUGCAGAAAAUUCUUAUGGGGAAAGUCUGAUACUUCUUUCAGAAUCUCAUUGGUUUCAUGGGAUAAAGUUUGUUAUCGGAAAAAACAGGGUGGUUUGGGAGUUUUCUCUGCUUCUAUUUGGAAUCUGUCUUCAGCAUUAAGGAGCCUAUGGUAUAUUCAUGUUAACAAGGAAAGUUUAUGGGUGAAAUGGAUCCAUGGAAACUAUUUAAAACAUUGGGAUGUAUGGCACGUAAAGGCUAAAAAAGAGAAUUCUUGGAUGUGGAAGCAGUUGAUCAAGUGUAGGGACAGAGCUUUGGCUAUCACUGGAGGGAUUGACAACUUGAAACAGAUUCUCAGUGCUUGCUAUAAGGAAUCUAAAUUGCAGUUAACUGUAGUUUACUCUAUUUUCUCCCCUGGUUCACACAUUGUUCCUUGGUACAACACAAUAUGGGGAAAGCUGAAUUAUCCGAAGCACACAUUUGUACUGUGGCUUGCAGUGCAGAACAGAUUACUUACACAGGACAGGUUGAUGAGAAGAGGAACCAUUAAUUCAAAUACUUGCCUACUAUGUGCAGGAUCAGCCUCUGAAACAAGGAAUCAUUUGUUCUUUGACUGUCCAUAUUCAAGAGAGGUGUGGCUAGCCAUCAUGGACUAG